UGUCCCUAGGGCAGCUCUCAAGUCCUUCUAAGACUGGGGUGUUGCCCUUCCUCCCUGCCCUUGGGCCCAAGGCCCAGGUGGGCACUGCCAGUCAGCGUCCAGCAUAGCUGGAGGGCCCCUGGCUGCAGUCCAUUCUUUGCAUGCUGGGGGCAGAUUCGCCCCACCCCAUUACCACCCCAGGGCCAGGCCGGUAUAGACAAGGGGUGGAGGACAGCAGGUGUGCAAGAGGACGGCCAGUUGCACCCAGGUACACUGCUUCCUUCACCUGCUUCUGCAAGGUGGCUGCCAGCCCAGACGCCAGCCCCAUAGCUGCCAUGGCGCUGUCCUGGAAGGAGCGAGUUUUCAUGGCCCUGCUGGGGACCGCAACAGCCUCGGGCCUCACUGUGCUGGUCCUCAUCCUGGUGGAGGCCACCAACAUCCUGCUGCCCGCAGACACAAAGUUUGGGAUUGUGUUCGACGCGGGCUCUUCCCACACCUCUCUCUUUGUGUACCAGUGGCCAGCAGACAAGGAGAAGGACACGGGUUUGGUCAGCCAGGCCCUGGCUUGCCAGGUGGAAGGGCCUGGAAUCUCCUCCUACACCUCUGACCCCACACAGGCUGGCGAGAGCCUGAAGGGCUGCCUGGAGGAGGCGCUGGCACUCAUCCCAGAGAACCAGUACCAGGGAACACCCCUGUUCCUGGGGGCCACGGCCGGCAUGAGGCUGCUCAGCCAGAAGAACAGCUCGCAGGCAGGGGACAUCCUUGCAGCGGUGUCUGGGGUCCUGGGCCAGUCUCCUCUGGACUUCUGGGGUGCUGAGGUCCUGGCUGGCCAGGAUGAAGGUGCUUUUGCUUGGAUCACCAUCAACUAUGUCCUGGACAGGCUGGUCAAGUACUCCUCUGGAGAGUGGAUCCAGCCUGCAGAGGGGACGCUGGUGGGUGCCCUGGACUUGGGGGGAGCCUCCACCCAGAUCAGCUUCCUGCCCCGCGGCCCCAUCCUGGACGAGAGCACCCGGGCGACCUUCCGUCUGUACGGCGCCGACUACAGCAUCUACACUCACAGCUACCUCUGCUUUGGGCGGGACCAGAUGCUCAACAGGCUGCUGGCUGCGCUGGUGCAGAGCCGCCCCGGGGCCCUCCUGCGUCACCCAUGCUACCUCAGCGGUUUCCAGACCACGCUGCCCUUGGCCUCCCUCUAUGAGUCGCCCUGUGUCCACAUGGCAGCCCAGCUGGACCUCACCCAGAACCUCACUGUUGAGGGCACAGGCAACCCGGGGGCCUGCCUGGCCGCCAUCCGGGAGCUCUUCAACUUCUCCAGCUGCCAGGGCCCAGGAGACUGUGCCUUCAACGGGGUCUACCAGCCCCCAGUGCAGGGCCAGUUCUACGCCUUCUCCAACUUCUACUACACCUUCCACUUCCUGAACCUCACCUCCAGGCAGCCACUCCGCACCGUGAACGCCACCAUCUGGGAGUUCUGCCAGAGGCCCUGGAGGCUGGUGGAAGACAGCUACCCGGGGCAGGAGCGCUGGCUACGGGACUACUGCGCUUCCGGCCUGUACAUCCUCACGCUGCUGGAGGCCUUUGGGUUCAGGGAGGAGACCUGGGCCAACAUCGAGUUUCAGAAGCAGGCUGGUGGCACUGACAUCGGCUGGACACUGGGCUACAUGCUGAACCUGACGGGCAUGAUCCCGGCCGAGGCGCCAGCCCAGUGGCGGGCACAGAGCUAUGGCGUCUGGGUGGCCGGCGUGGUGUUUGUGGUGCUGACCCUCACAGCCAUUCUGGGGGCUGCUGCGGUGCAGCUCCUCUGGGUCCAGGACUAGGCGGGGCCCAGAGAGCCAGACGUCCAACAGGAUGCCCUCAGGGCUCAGCUGGGAGCCAUCGCCAGGUCCUUGAUGUCCAGGAGCCGUCCCUUGGACAGCAAGCCGGACUCCACACAGGACUGGGUGGCCAAGUCCGGCACAGCCACCGCCUCCCGGAAGCCAGGCCUCCUGUCCCCCACCUCAUGUCACCCAGUUGUGCUGGCCGGUGUGUGGCUCCCCAGACAGCGGGCCUCUCUGCACAAACCCAGGUGGUGCCCGGCAGCACCCAGGCUGUGUGGGGGUGAUCAUGGGAGGGAGGCUGGACUCCCUGGGUCCCCAUUUGCCUGGGGAGGGAGGGGGCUGUGGCUGCCCACUGUGAUCCAAAGAGGGGCCAGUUCCCAUCCCCCACACCCUCUGCUGGCCUAUC